UAGAUUUUACCAAGGAAACUUCCUUUAGUUCCAGAUCCGGGACGACCUGGUUCUCAAUUCCAUCACAUGCAAGCAAAACAAAAUUUUCUAAUACUGCCACUGAGAAGUGUGGACUUACAGAAUUUAGUAAAAACAUAACUUCUGUCGAGGACGCCUUUCUGUGUUUCAUAUCAGAGGAAAUCCUGAACAAGAUAAUGGUUUAUUCAAAUAUCGAAGGCAAUCGUAAUACAGCUUCUAAUGGUGAAUGGGAACCAAUAACAUUAAUUGAACUCAAAGAGUUUAUUGGGCUUUUAUUGUUGGGUGGAUUAAUGGGAAAAUCAAAGAAAAGUAUUAAAUCUGUGUGGAAUAGAAGCCCACUGGAAUCUCCGAUAUUCAGAGCUACCAUGUCGAGAAAUCGCUUUGAAACAAUAAUUUCAUCAAUUCGGUUUGACAAUAAAACAACACGAGAAGAGAGGGAACUAACGGACAAAUUCGCUGCAUUUCGUGAAAUUUGGACAGAUUUUCGAGAAAAUUUAAAGAAAUGCUACAACCCUGGAUUGCAUGUUACAAUUGACGAACAGCUUUUGGGAUUUCGAGGGAAGUGUCCAUUUCGUCAAUAUAUCCCAUCUAAACCGGAUAAAUAUGGGACUAAAUUCUGGUUCUGUGUCGAUGUCAAUUCUUACUAUAUAUUCGAUGCAUUUCCUUAUAUCCGACGACAACCUAAUGAACAACGGCAACGAUUUGUUGGUGCUAAUGUUGUUUUAGAGCUAAUGAAACCAAUGUACGGCUCGAAUAGAAAUGUUACGAUCGUCAAUUUCUUUACCAGUAUUUCAUUAGCCAAAGAAUUACACUCAAAGGAACUUACUUUGGUAGGAACCUUGAGAAAAAAUAAGCCCGAGAUUCCUAUCGAGUUUCAGUCGAAUAAAAAUUGCGACGUUGGUUCAUCGAUAUUCGGUUUCAGCGACAAUCUAACACUGGUGUCAUACGUUCCAAAGAAAAACAAAGCUGUCCUAUUACUCUCUUCUAUGCAUCAUGAUAACAAAGUAGAUACUGGAACUGGAAAACCGAAUAUUGUUCUGGACUAUAACAAAACCAAAGGGGCUGUUGACACUAUUGAAGAAAUGUGUCACAAAUACUCUGUAAAAAGAGGUACAAGACGAUGGCCACUAUGUGUGUUUUAUGGAAUGAUUGAUGCUGCUGCUAUCAAUGCAAUGAUCUUAUGA